AUGCCACGCAUCAAAUCCUACCAAACCUUCUCCAAAACCCCAGCGAUACUAGCCUUUGUCCCGCCCAUCUUCAACGGCGCGCUGGUCUACUCCGGCUGCACAAAGGACCACAAAAAGAAGACAUCGAAAAACGGCGUUGUCUUUGCAGACAUGGAAUCGCCGACGAUGGCAACGAGUCUCCUCUCGGCGCUCCUGCCGCCGGAUCUUGUCGACUCGAUCAACAAACACGUCCUCCACCCGCGAGCGCCCAUCCAGAUCCUCCUGCGCCACGUCCUCGUCCAGGCGCAGAACCUCCUCGAUACAGCGGCCCCCAUCAUCGAGCCACUAUUCGACCGCCUCAUGACGGCCAUGGCCGAGAACCAGGGCCUCGUCGGCGUCAUCGCCUCCCUUCUCGUCCUCGCCACCUUUCUCAUCAUCCUCAACUGGAUCCGUCGCCUGCUCAUGUGGUGGACACGGCUGGCCAUGCGUGUCGCGACCUGGGCCAUCCUCUUCGCCAUCGCUGCCUGGGUGUGGGAGCGCGGCGUCUUUGAGAGCGCCAAGGACAUGGCCAUCGCGGGAGGAAAGGUGGCAGGAUACCUGGCUGUCAUCAAGGACGUCUGGCUGGAGGAGUAUAACAAGUAUGAGGCCCAGCAGGGCAUGGCAGGUUCAGGCGGAACGAAAUCGGGAGCGAGGUCGAGAUGA